GCCCUGGACGCGGCGUCCACUGAAACCGCUGCGGUGUUCUCUGCGGUGGAGCCGCCGCUCCUGCUGUCCUGACACUCGCGUCAUCAGAACAGAAAACCAAACCAAGUCCAUCCCUCCUCCACCUGCUUCCACUUCACCAAGCUCACUGCAGUCUCUUGUGAGAUGCACAGCACCCCUUUGGGAAAACAGAGACUGGAGUAACCUGUCACCUGUCAGUAGUGGUGGAAGCAGGACUAGUGGAACCCAGGUCUGUGGUACCGGCGGUGGUAACGUCAUCCCCCUUCACAGAGAGGUGUCAUGGGAUUCCCGAAGCUCUCCCCCUUCCUGGCUCUCAGCGUGUUGCUCCUGUGCCAGGUGUGUGGCCUCCAGGCAGCACCUUUCAGGUCACCCUUGGAAAGCAGUCCAGACCAGACCACCUUCAGGGAGGAGGAUGUGGGCCUCCUGCUGGCUGCACUGGCGCAGAGCUACCUGCAGAGGAAGGUCAGGGAGCUGGAGCUGGAGCUGCAGCAGGAGCAGGAGGCCGAGGGCUCCAGUGUCACUGCCCAGAAGAGAUCCUGCAACACCGCUACCUGUGUGACCCAUCGGCUGGCAGGCUUGCUGAGCAGAUCUGGAGGUGUGGUGAAGAACAACUUUGUGCCCACCGACGUAGGCUCAGAAGCCUUUGGCCGGCGCCGCAGGGCCCUUCAAGCCUGAUCUGCUCAUGGCUCCUGGAGGAAGGUUACUAUGAAGCUGAGCUCGCCACUUCCAUAAUUUCUGUUGACAACAACUUGGUGAGAAGGCCUCAUGGAAGAUACAUAUGUUUGCAACCUAAUAGAUACUGGAAAAAAAAAAUAAGCACCUUUGUCACUUGAAAGGAAUGAAACUGAAUGUAAAACAAGCUAACUCUGUAUUUGUUGUGCGUCAUUUUUUAUAUUUGAGUCUCUUUCCAGUCAAUGUGAUGGCAUACCCCACUGGCUUCUCUAGUAGCAAACAGAACUGGUUCUCUGAGAGCCACCCCAUUGACCACGGCAGCUGUGCUUAGUCUUAGGGGAGACAUGAA